AUGGGAGACAAGGACACGGUGGAGAAGUUCCUGGACAACAACCCCCAGUUUGCAAAGGAGUACUACGAAAAGAAAAUCAAGGCUGACGUGAUCACGGCCGCUUUCAACAACCAGGUGCAGGUGAAAGACCUGUCCUCUUACGCCGACGUCUCCACCAUCCAGGAGGCCGAGUUCUUAUUCGAGCUGAUCAAGGAGAUGCAAGGCAGCGCGCCGAUGGAGAAAGCCCUGCACAAGAUCCUCCAGAGGAUCGCUCUCCUGGUCCAGGCGGAUCGCUGCAGCUACUUCGGAUACCGGUCUCGCAACGGAACGCCUGAGCUGUCCACGAUCCUCUUUGACGUCACUCAUAAUUCGCCGUUUGACAAGAAUCUGGUGAACCCCAACGUGGAGAUUGUUUUCCCUACAGACAUGGGGAUCGUCGGGUGGACGGCACACUCCAAGAAGCCUCAGAAUAUCGCUGAUGUGAAGAAGGACUCUCAUUUCAGCGACUUUGUGGACAAACAGACCAAAUACUCCACCAAAUGCAUGAUUACGGCUCCCAUCAUGAGCGGAAAGGAUCCCAUCGGCGUUGUCAUGGCGCUCAACAAGCAGGGCGCUGACGCUUUCUCAAAGAGUGAUCAGGAGCUCUUCAAUAAAUACGUGAACUUUGCUGCUGUGGUUGCCCUCCAAGCUCAUACUGCUUACAUGUGGGACGUGGAGUCGCGGAAAAGCCAGGUUCUGCUGUGGUCGGCCAGUAAAGUGUUUGAGGAACUGACGGACAUCGAGAGGCAGUUUCAUAAAGCCUUGUACACCAUCAGGACUUACGUCAAGUGUGAGAGGUACUCUGUGGGACUCCUGGACAUGACCAAAGACAAAGAGUUCUUUGAUGAGUGGGCCAUCAAACUUGGGGAACAGGAGCCUUACAAGGGGCCCAAGACGCCUGACGGCAGAGAAAUCAACUUCUACAAGAUUAUUGAUUACCUACUGGAAGACAAGGAGGAAAUUAAAGUUAUCCCCACCCCCCCUGCAGACCACUGGGCCCUGGUCAGCGGACUGCCAACAUAUGUGGCUGAGAAUGGAUUUAUUUGCAACAUGAUGAACGCUCUUGCGGACGAGUAUUUUACAUUUCAGAAAGAAGCGGUGGACGAGAGCGGGUGGAUGAUCAAGAAUGUUCUCUCCCUUCCGAUCGUCAACAAAAAGGAAGAAAUUGUCGGCGUGGCCACUUUCUUCAACAGGAGAGACGGCAAACCGUUUGAUGACAAUGACGAGCAAAUUACAGAAGCGCUGACCCAGUUCCUUGGCUGGUCCACUCUGAAUAGCGAUACAUACGACAAACUCAACAGGACAGAGUGGAGUAAGGAAGUCGCGCAGGAAAUGCUCAUGUACCAAACCAAGGCCACACUAAAUGACGUACAGACCAUCUUGAACACUCAAGAAAAGUUUGGCUCUGCACCAGAGGACUGUGACCAGAAGGAGAUGUACAAACUUCUGAGAGCCAAUAUUCCUGAAUCCAAGACUGUGGAGCUGCACGAGUUCCGCUUCAAUGACUUCCCGCUGUCCGAGCUUGAGCUCAUCAAGUGUGGCAUCCGCUGCUUUUUUGAGCUGGGAGUGGUCGAGAAGUUUAAAGUACCAGCGGAGAUUCUGACACGAUGGAUGUAUACCGUUCGCAAGGGUUACCGUGACAUCACCUACCACAACUGGAGGCACGGCUUCAACGUGGGACAAACCAUGUUCACUCUGCUGCUCACAGGCAAGCUAAAGAAGUACUACUCGGAUCUUGAUGCUUUUGCCAUGGUGGCUGCUGGAUUCUGCCACGACAUCGACCACAGAGGGACCAACAACCUCUACCAGACUAAGAGCGCGUCUCCACUGGCCAAACUUCACAGCAGCUCCAUCAUGGAGCGGCAUCACCUUGAGUACAGCAAAACCCUCAUGGAGGACGAGAAUCUGAACAUUUUUCAAAACCUGCAAAAGCGCCAAUUUGAGACAGUGCAGCAUCUGUUUGAAGUUUGCAUCAUCGCCACUGACCUCGCUCUCUAUUUCAAAAAGAGAACAAUGUUCCAAAAGAUUGUCGACUCAGUGGAGGGAAUUCCAGAUGAGAAAGAGAAGAUCAGCUACAUCUCCAACAAUCCAACCAGGAAGGAGAUCGUCAUGGCAAUGAUGAUGACAGCGUGUGACUUGUCAGCCAUCACGAAGCCCUGGGAGGUUCAGAGCAAGGUGGCUUUGAUGGUGGCAGCGGAAUUCUGGGAGCAAGGAGACUUGGAGAGGACGGUCCUGGAGCAGCAACCCAUUCCAAUGAUGGAUAGAAAUCACGCUGAUGAACUACCAAAGAUGCAGUGUGGCUUCAUCGAUUUUGUCUGCUCCUUUGUGUACAAGGAGUUUUCACGCUUCCACACGGAGAUCAACCCCAUGUUUGAUGGUCUGAACAACAACAGGGGAGAGUGGAAAGCCCUCGCAGAUGUCCACGCGGCCAAAAUGAAGGCAAUUGAAGAUGAGAAGAAAAGACUGGAAGGAGGCCAGGGUGAAGAAGGUGGAUCAAAGUCAAAGACGUGUGUCAUCUGCUAGGACUGCUCGGGUGUUUAGGAUUGGUCAACAUAUUUCUACCAAUCCUCAUAUGGUUGUUUUUAGAUUAAAUUGGACUACUACCAGCACAGGAAGCUAUUUUAAGCCUAGCUCACAACCGGACGUACGAUGUUUUUGGCUGUGCGAUUUGUGGCGUUCCAAAAAUCGCUGCAUGUUUUUUUUUUAGCUCAUGGACAACGUAGUUGUGGUGACCAUGAAAGAGCAAGAUCGCCGAGCAACCAACGUACAAUCUGCUCGGGUGUACGGCUGUACGCGCCAUUCGUACUGCCAACGCAUGUAAGUUGUAAGAUCAACGUCCAUCAAACUUGCAAUAAAAGUACUGACCUUGCAAUCCACGCGGGCUUUGUAUGAAGGCUGCAAGAACUACAUGUGAGCUGUACGUUGUGCAUACCAACGACGUAAGAGACGCACUGCAAACAUGAUUGGUUCUGAACAUGUGCGAGACCUACGUCACUUCCUCCAUUCGCAGGUUUUACGACAAAGCUUCUGCGAUGAUAUUUAGAAUUCUUUUUGAAGUACGGUCAAUAACCAUACUUAAUAUGUGCAAUGUAUUGGCCGUUCUUUUCAUUAAUGGCGCUUAUUAAAAGACUUGGCCAGCAUGUAGAUCGCCGUUAUUCACCAACCGUGACCUCACGCAGCACAUGCGCAGAUGCACCACAGGCGUACACGUCAUAUCUGGUCACGUAAAUAACAAUAUGCAUUGCAACAGGAAUCAAAUAUAAAUAUAUAUUUACAUAUAUAUAACAAUAGAGACAUAGCAAAAGAAAUAUACUGUACAUUGAUAAAUACAAAUACAGAUACAAUAAAGCAUAUAAAACAAAGCCAUAGGUACCCCUGUAGCUUUAUAUACCCGAGUUUUCGUGCAAUUGAUGCACUCUUGUCGUACGGACAACUUACUCAACAUUCAUGGAGCACAUAAGAAAUAUCUGACCGCGCGUUGGUGGCGCUAAUUACGUGAGGUACACGUGUGGCGCACGACA